AUGAGAGAGAAAAUCAGAGAGCAUAACUGGACCUACGAUGGAGGAGGACAACAAGAGAAGAGAGCUCAAGUUUUGUUCUUCGAGUUCCUUGUUUCUGUGGGGUUAGCAGUGCUUACCAUUGUAGCAAUGCCACACCUGGACAUUGUGACCAAUGUGACCAUCCUAAACAGUGUAGCUGUCCUCUCUGGAUUCCUGCAAGCAGUCACUCAGUGCACAGUCAAAAAGAUGAACAUCUUCCUGCUGCCUUCCAUCAUGGCCUCUGUGGUUAUGGUUGUUGGUUACUGUUUGUUCGUGGUCCUGUACAUUUUGAAAGACUCUGCCGAUGUGAAGACAGCCAUCUGGGUGGGUCUUGCUGUUGGUGGGUCAAUCUUGGUAUCUUUCAACUGGUGGGAGAAUUACUUCAGGGUGAUCUGUGUGAAGAGAAAAUCCAACGUCCUCAAAAAUCUGUUUGAAGACUUGAGCAAGUGUCAGAACAUGCUGCACAUCAUGUCCAGCGUACUGAGGAUUGUGGUCACUGCCUGUGUGCUUGGUGCCUAUGUUCCUCUGGCCAAGCUGGACUGGGACAUUGUGACCUCCAUUCCAAGCAGGGAAACAAGGAUAGUAGCCAUCAUCAUCGGGGUCCAGCUGAUCUCCUCUGCACUCUGCCAUUGGUUUGCUUUGGCAGCCUGUAAGAUGCAUGCUGUCCGCCGAUGCUUCAUCCUGCCUUUGUACCUGGCUUCACUGGCUGUGAUACCGCUGUUUAUUGCUCCUGUCAUUAUUGAUUACAAAAUCUACAAAUCAAACAUCAACUUCACAAGUUACUGCGCUGAAGCUGUGAAUAUAAGAAAUCAAAGUCUGAGUGGUGACCUGUUCCCACAUCUGGUUUUGGAUGUUGCCCAAACUCUCUGCUCCCUGGACAUGUUCAUGACAUCUGAUUUUGGCCUAUUGACAGGUGCAGGAGUAUUAUGGUGGAUUGGUUUUGUGUUGGCCACCAUCCAUAUUUGGCACCUAAACACCUGCCGCAUCCAGAAGACUCAAGACCUGUUUGUGAGGGUCUACGAGGGAGCCCUCAUUGAGCAAUCCUUACUACUCAACACACGCUUCCACAUUCAGCGUAAAAACCAAAGGAAACGAGAAGACACCACCCCUGCCAUGGUUUAUCUCUGUGCAACCAUGUGGCAUGAGACCUAUGAGGAGAUGAUGAACAUCACGAUCUCAGUUUUUAGACUGGACCAAUACAGACCAAAGAGUUUGACGCAGUCGCAGUUUGAUGAUUUCACCUUUGAAGCCCAUAUCUACUUUGAUGAUGCCUUCACAAAUGUGACAGGAAGUCAGCACCGUCAUCUGAACACAUAUGCAAAAGAACUUGUGAAAAUUAUUGCAGAUGUUUAUGGGUAA